GCGUGUUUUGUUCCAUACUGUGUUUUGAUUAAUAUUAAUAAAAUUUAAUAAUAAAUCUUUGUCAACAUUGAAAAACGACUAGAAUUUGGAAUAUACGGAAUAUAAUACCAUUGAUAUUUUAAACAAACAGUGCAAGUUAUAGUGUAUACUUACAGCAUUCGUGAGAUUCAACGAUGUACGGCUGGGGCGCCAACAGCCAUGGGCAAUUGGGUCUUGGAUACACGUCGGAGAUGUGUGAAAACCCACAACUAGUUGAAUCAUUGCCAUUUGAUGCAGAGUCAAUUCGCACAAUAAGCGCCGGAGGUGGCCAUACAUUGAUAUGUACUGAUGAUGGUCGUUUAUUUUCAAGCGGGUGGAACAAUCGUGGCCAGCUGGGUUUAGGACACACAAAUGAUGUGUGCCGGUUCACGUUUGUCGGCGAGUAUGGGUUCAAAACAGUCGCGUGCGGCUGGGACGUUUCAGGAGGAAUCAACACUCAAGGGGAGCUGUACCUGUGGGGAUCGAACCUCUGGUGGCAAAUUGCCGACAAAAAUGCAAAAUUCUAUUCAACACCCACAAAAUUGGAACUGCCGGCAGGCGACAAGGCGAGGAAAGUUUGCUUCGGAUUAAGACACACUUGUGUGUUAACGGAGGAUGGGCGUUUACUGUUGCUAGGAAAGUCUAAAUUGUUGCAUUACGAAACGCUAGAUCGUAUUGAUUUGGGUGGAAUCGAAUUUUUUGCUUUGAAAUUUCCCGAAAAGGUUGCCGAUGUCGUGAGCGGUGAAAACCAUUUAGUAAUUCGAUUAGAACGGGGAACAAUUGUUUGUAAAGGAGAUGACAAAUUCGGACAAUGCUUGAAGGGAACAGACGUCAACGUUGGCAAGCUGCAGGUUGUAAAAUUACAAUCGGGUUGGUCUCAUUCGGGUUAUUUGACAAGUAACGGUACGGUUUACCUGUGGGGUCGAAAUAAUUACGGCCAGCUGGGCGUGGCAGUUGAUACAAGUCGUGAUGGACCGACAUUGUUGGAUGUAGAAAGUAAUGUGCGAGAUUUUUGCCUGGGAUCGCAGCACGGGGUUGCCCUGGCAGAUGAUGGUGUGUACUCUUGGGGUUGGAACGAGCACGGCAAUUGCGGUACCGGGAAUAACGAAAAUGUAUGGACCCCAACAAGAAUUAAACAGAUGAGGCGUGCUGAGGUUGUUGCCUCCGGAGCAGCGUUUUGCUUUGUGCUGCAGAAGCGAUGAAUUGGGCAUUGGAGUGAGACACAAUCUGGUAAUUAUCGUAUGUAUUUGUUUCUACAAAUCAACCUGUAAUAAAAAGAUUUAUUUGGCUUUGUUCAGGUAGCCGGUCAGCUUUUUGUUGCCAAAAUGUAGGCACUCAGUUUUGGGGAAACCCAGAAAAUCGUGUCGCAUCUUUUUAUAUAAUUUAGUCAGCUUUAUUGGGAGCAGAGCAACAUGUAACCUUCUGUAAAAUUCCCUUUUUGCGCACAUAUAAACUUUUGGAUUAUUUUUGACUGCAUUCUUGUUUAGGGCAAAUAUAUGUAUGGUUAAACUUAUCUCCUUUAAGUUUAAACUAAGAGAGAUGGCGUCUACCUAUUCGUACGAAAACCACGUAGUUUCAACGUUUAACAAUGUUAUAAACAAACCCGAAACUAAACCGUAUUGCCCCAUAAUGCUAACAAACUAAUCCUGAUUAUUACUGUGCACAACAAAUUUAAAAUAGUUUUUACUUGUCGAUGGAAUGCGCUUUAUUUUUAUUGAAAAAUUUGCAACGUGUUUAUAUGGUAAAUUUAAGAGCAUUACGAUCAAUCAGAGAAUCGUUACAAAUAUUUACUCCCAAAGGCACAGUUCAUGCAGGUAGGCAAGUACGUUCCGGGAUGAUGUACCUGGAACCAACAUGCAUCCCAAACUCCCGAUUGAAUUAUUAGUUCACCUAUGUCCUUGGUGCAGAGAACACCAUUUCCCGCACAUUUUUGUGUCGCAUUAGAUUGUAUAGUGAAGUAGUUGUAGUUAAGUAAACAGUGAAAGAAACGUCGGAAAUGGCACAAUCCUGCACUAAUGGACCAUUUGAAGCUUACUUCAAUGCUGAUCUUCAGAGGUUGCUACCAAGUGGUCAACGAUCGCGACCUCUAUACAGAUUUAGCAAUAACGACCUUGGAAGCUCCAUCAGCAUGGAUAUCGUUCCUGAUUUGAAUGCCCGAAUGACCGACAUCCGAGAUGUUGAAGAAGAUCUACGCAUGGAGAGUACGAUGCUAAGGCAGAAUGACAAUAUUCCGAUAGGACGGUGCUCAACGCCGAGUCCGGCCUACUGUUACCACUGUGAUCACAAACAUCGGGGAAGGUGUUGUUUGUACGUUGGCGACGAGGAGGAUGACAUCAAUCGAUAUUCAGCUUGGGCUCAAGAUUUGCAAAACACGUCGGUGAAAAUGCAGCACUUUCCACGAAUUCCGGAAGCGGUUUCCGGUAACACUACGCCGUAUUGGUUUCCGCAAUUUACCUGUGCCAAUCCGGAACAGAUUGAAAAAACUGUAAAUCGAAAAUCGCCGACUAUAGGUGCGAUUUGGACGAAACAGUUCUAUCACCCACUGCUAAGCUGCAGUUUUUUGCAAGACGUGCCAGGUCGUCGGACUCAAAUGCUAUCACCUUAUCAACAGUACAUGCAUCAACUGCAGGAAAUGAACCAGCAAAGUGUUGAGCAACGCCCGCAUCUUAACCAGAACGAAGCUAACGAGGGUAUACAAUUCAUACAGCAAUUUCAUACCUACCAUGUCUAUAAUGGUCCAGUCUACGUCCAACAUCACAAUCAGACCCCUUAUUUCAACAGUCACCAUUACUACCACCAGCGGUAUUAUCAACAGCAACAACAUCAACAACAAAAUAAUUUCUACUACAAUCUACAACUGCAGCAAGCAGUAUCGCAGGCGCAAUCCACUCAAAUCGGUUAUCAAAUCCAGCAAGGGCUACCUAACCCAUCCCAGCAACCACACUACGCAACACAGUGCAAUACGCGGGCACAUGCUCAGGGAAUCUCCUUCCCACUGUGGAUGCUAUUUGGCCAUAAGAAACCUACUGUGGUUGAAGACAAAAAACCACCCGCUGCUGCUGCAGUUCAUCCGGGUGCUAGUGCAUUUAUGCCAAGCCACCACCCUUACAAAAUGGAUGGUUGGUCUACGCCUGUUCGGAUGGAUGAGGACGAACCGACGAAAUAUCCACAGCAAUGUCCCCAAUCUGGACAGAUGCCGUACUUUGUGUAAGAAACGAAAUGUGCGUUUGAGUAUUUUUUAUGGAUAAUGCAGUGUUUGGGGAAAAUGAUUGUGGAAAUGCUUGUCGGUGACGGUGUUGCAUUGUGUCUGACAAUGGGCCACAUCGUGUUUCCACUCGAUCGAUAGGGGUUGUUUUGACAGUUUGACAUUGUCAAAAUAAUUACAAAUUUAGGUAAAUACAUUAAAUAGUAAAAUGUAAAUUCGUUCUACAUGUAGCCCGUACUUUAUUUUAGCUACUCUGUCUUUAUUAGUCCAAAAACGUUAGUCUUCGGUUUCUCUUAGUUUACCUAUACACAGUAUUGGUGUUGGCUAUGAUAGAAUGACUCAUCUCAUCUCACGUGCUUGUGUUGCUAGUAGUUGAUUGUAGUCAAUUCAUUACCUAUGCGGUGUACCUUGGAAAUCGCAAAGUUUCUAUGAGUUUGUCUAGCUCUAUCCUGUUUAAUAUGUUACCAUUGCAAUGCAUUGCUAAUAUUUUCAAUAUUUUUUCAGGACAACCUUACCUUGAGCCUAACCACACAAACACUAUCGUCGGCGUGUCUGAUGAGAGCAGGAAUAAUUGUCGAAGCAGUUAAUAUUAAUGUAAUAUAGCUAGUUUAAGCAAUUUUUAUUUUGUAUUUCUGAGGAGUAAAAUUGUCCAGUUGAUGUGCAAUAUGUUAAGUAUAUUUUGUACAUAUUAUCUUAUUUCCUAAGAUAAAUUUUAUUGUGAAUAGUAAAUAAUAAACGAAAAGAUAACUGGAUUUAUGCGUAAAAUCCUUCAUGCAUAUCUAUCAAUAUAUUUAAAGUCAAUGUUCGGAUGUACAUAAUAUAUGGACUCCCAAAAAGCUUAACCGAUUGCCGUGAAAAAAUCUAUGUAGACAAAUUUUGUCAUGUACACGGAUACGGAAAACUACCAAAAGUUGAGCUUUUUGACUCAAUCUUGGGGUAUCGUGGAAUAAGGUAAAAUUAGGUAAACCGUGUUGAAGGUAGUUUCCCUUUAUCCACGGCAAAAACCACAACUCAUUGACAGGUUUUUUAUACUCAACCUUGAGUUAAAUAUGCCUAAAUUUAAGUUGAAUCUACCUAAUUUUGAUUAUACUUCAAACAACUCAAAAGUAUCUUACCACGGAAGACCUCGACUGAGUCGAAUCUAUCUCUUUGUUUUUUACAACACUAAUAAGUGCGAAAGCGACGCAAGACUCAAAACUCCCUAAAUUUAAGUUAAAAGAACUUAUUCUGCGGGUUGUUUUAUUUUUCCGUGUAGCGUGUUUGCUUUAUAUUGGGUUAAGAAUUAUCUGCCCACCAGAUGUCGCUUUGGAACGAAUUGUGUUUUACUACUAUUUCGUUGAAAGUCGCAGCAACGCGCUACGGGUAUUAGCUAGUUUCUAAUAAAUAUUCUUUGACGUUUCCGGUGUGAAAUAAAUAAAUAUCAUUGUUGGCACGUUCGUGCCUAUCCACACUCCUUAGGGCCAUGCACAAAUGACUUUUUUCGAUGGUUUUCGACCCCUCCCUCCCGCUUUGUACCAUUUGGUCACAAAAUUCUAACCUCCUUCUUCUAAAUAACGUAGCAUUUUCCAAGUCCCCCCCCCCCGCUGCACAGUGGCGUAACUAUAUCAAAU